AUGACGCAACCAAUAUCUGUAAACAAAAGUACAAGAGGAGGAGAUAGCAUGGACAAAGCAACUAGAUAUAGCAAAAUAUCCAGAUGGCUUAGCUGCAAGGAAGCAACAGAUGAAAGGUCACAACCAGGCAGCAGGAGGCAAAUCUCAGGGAGACAAACUACAGAUUCUAGAGGAAGAACAAUUGAUUCCAUGAGAUUGCAAGGAAAAGUUGAUGCAUGGGAGAUGGCUAAAUUGGAUAAAAUAAGAAAAAGGUAUGAAAAGAUGAAGAUUACUAUUCUUGAAUGGGAGAGCAAUAAGAAGUCCAAAGCCAAACAGCAUUUGGAGCGAAAACAGAUUCUGGAACGCAGACAAGCAAGAGCAUUGAGUGAAUACCGUGAUGAGGUACUGAGGAUCGACAAAUUUGCUGAGGAAGCAAAAGCCAUUAUGGAGGAAAGGAAGAGAAAUGAUGAGCUGGUGGUGUUGGAGAAAGAGAAGAGGAUGAGAUCCAUGGGGAGAGUUCCACGUCGAUGCUUGUGUUUCUGA